CAAUCGAAUCCGUCCAGCGGGAGUGCGGACGCUCUCUUUGCACAUGUGCGACAUAAUGUCCAAGUAACCUUCGCAUGAAUCGAGUGAAAAAAAUCAAAGGUGUUUAACAUGCAGGCGGCAAUGGACAUAACAACCAAAUACUGCCAGAAGGAGCUGGAGGAAUAUGGUGCCUGUGUUGCAUCCAAUCCAACAUCAUGGCAACAGAAGUGUCAAGACCUAAAACUGAAGGUGGCACAGUGCACUUCAUCACAUCCAGUGAUAAGAAAGAUCCGAACAGACUGUGCUGGUGAAUUUUCAGUGUUUGAACGGUGUCUACGAGAGAAUCAGAGCUCUGCUGAAACAUGCCAACCUCAUGUCGCCCGUUUCCUGGCCUGUGCUGAGACCGUGGACCUUUCAGGCACAAAUACUGCACCUCAACCCACGUAGAUGCUUUCCAUUUGUCGCUGUUCUGUCUAAAGAGAAAUCACAGGUGUUUUUAUACUUCAGUGCUGGAAGGAAAUGGGUUAUGGAAAUGUUUAUUAUUUUUGAAGAACUGCAACACCAAGAAACCAGGACAAACAGACCUCACAUUUUGCACACUUUUUCAAAGCCUUUUUGUUGUAUUUUAUUGUUCUUUUGUCAGGAUUUCAGGCUGUUAUGUGAUAAAUAAUUUUCAAAAAGUUAGACUGAUAUGAAAUAAAAUAUGCUCAUUUCCAUUUUA